AUGGCAUUAAGAAUGAAGCACGUUCUUGAAUUUGCUCUAAGCGUCCUACAUAUUCUUCAUAUUCAAAGUCUUUCUAUACUCACAGACAUUGGUGGUCAAAAUAUUAAUAAAUUGGGCACAAAAGACAUCGAUUUGAAAAGUGUGGACGGACUGAGGCAACUUAUGAACCAAGAAACAAUAAUAAGAAUAGUGAAAAAUGUGUACACAAUUAUGAAGGAUAUGGCCGACUUAAAACAUAGUAUGGUGGCAAUGAAAACGUCACAGCAGAAAACGGAGUUAAAGGUAACAGCAUUACAACAGGAAGUGAACGAACUAAAACGUGAAAACGAGAAACUUAUCUUUGAAAAUACAAGGCAUGAAGACACAUCAAUAACAGUCAAGGAAAACAAUACUCAAAUGAGUAAAUAUGUUCUUGGACUUGAAAAACAACUUGAAGUUGACAGAGAAACUUUUGAGAAAAACAUCAGUGCAAGACUUGAAAACUUGAAAGUUACUCUUUUGGAACUGAAUAAACACACUUUGGAAAUAGACAAGAGCAUCCCGGCAUUGAUAGAUCAGAAGUAUGAAAUUUUGUCAACUAAAUUAAAUGCUUCACUGGAAACGUUGAGCAAUGAUUUAUUUGUUUCUAACACAGAUAUAUCAAAGUCAUUGUUUAACCUGGAAAAUUCCCAGAAUGCUACAAUGUCUUCAAUGUUUGAUAUGCUUGUGAGGGUCGCUUUUACUGCUGGAUUGACCUUUGAUAGCAGCUCAUGGAACAGUGGGACGUUAGUGUACAAUAAAGUAAUCAACAACGUGGGAGGAGGGUAUAACCGAUACACCGGAAUCUUUACUGCACCAGUUGUUGGAAAUUAUAUAUUUUAUGUCAGUAUCAAAAGUUACCAACAGAAAAGUAUAUUUGUAGACAUUGUGUUAAAUGGAUCUAGCAAAGUUCGAGCAGGAGCUGUAGCUAAUCCGCCUCACGAAAGUUACGAGACAGGUACUAACCUGGUAACUUUACGACUACAGCAGGGGGACACGGUAUGGGUCAGAUAUAAACAUGGUUACGGUUAUUGGGUGCAAAGUGACACUCCAGUCACAACAUUCUCUGGAUUCCUCAUUUAA